CCCCAAACCAUAAUAUAUAUAGAGGCAGACGGAGGACAUGCUGAAAGCGGUGACAACAGCCAUGGCUGAGCCCAUGCCGGGGAGCAUUUUGGAAAUAGAACUGCCGGAACUGCCAGCCAUUCUGCUCAACGAGAGCCUCUUCAUCGAGCUGAAUGGCAAUCUCAGCCAGCUGGAGGAGGACACGACCAUCACGGUGGGCAGCAAUUUCAGCACCUGGAACCGCAGCGAAGUCGGCAAUGGCAGCACCAGGCUGUCCCUCGACCUGGACGAGGAGCAGCGGGCCGAAAUGGAGUUCUGGCUGCUGGUCAAAAUGAUCGCUAUGGCCGUUGUCCUGGGCCUCAUGAUACUCGUCACCAUCAUAGGCAACGUCUUCGUAAUUGCCGCCAUUAUACUCGAGAGGAACUUGCAGAAUGUGGCCAAUUAUUUGGUUGCAUCUCUGGCAGUGGCCGAUUUAUUUGUUGCCUGUCUUGUGAUGCCACUAGGAGCAGUCUACGAGAUAAGUAAUGGAUGGAUAUUGGGACCGGAAUUGUGCGACAUCUGGACAUCUUGCGAUGUCCUUUGCUGCACAGCGUCCAUACUGCAUCUGGUGGCCAUUGCGGCGGACAGAUAUUGGACAGUGACCAACAUUGACUACAACAAUCUGCGGACACCGCGUCGCGUUUUUCUGAUGAUAUUCUGCGUUUGGUUCGCCGCUUUGAUUGUCUCCCUGGCACCGCAAUUUGGCUGGAAGGAUCCGGAUUACAUGAAGCGCAUCGAGGAGCAGCACUGCAUGGUGUCGCAGGAUGUGGCCUAUCAGAUUUUUGCCACCUGUUGCACUUUUUAUGUGCCUCUGCUGGUGAUUUUAUUUCUGUACUGGAAAAUCUACAUAAUUGCCAGGAAGCGCAUCCAACGACGCGCCCAAAAGUCCUUCAAUGUGACACUUACCGAGACGGACUGCGAUUCCACGGUGCGGGAGAUGAAGAAGGAGCGUGGCAAGCGGCGGGCGGAAAGAAAGCGUUUGGAGGCCGGAGAUAGGACUCCAAACGAGGGUGAAAACGAAUCCCAACUGCAGCGGAGACCCCGGAAAAGGAUGCGCAUCUGCUUUGGACGGAACACCAACACGGCGGGCAUCUGUGCGGGAUCGGAGGGUGCGGUGGCCAGAUCAGUGGCCGCCAUAGCCGUGGACUUUGCCAGCUUGGCCAUAACCCGCGAGGAGACCGAGUUCAGCACCAGUAACUAUGACAACAAGAGCCAUGCCGGCACCGAACUCACCACCGUUUCCAGUGAUGCCGACGAUUACCGGACCAGCAACGCAAAUGAAAUCAUCACGCUGUCACAGCAGGUGGCCCAUGCCACGCAGCACCAUCUGAUAGCCUCCCAUCUGAAUGCCAUAACGCCUCUGGCCCAGUCCAUCGCCAUGGGCGGUGCCGGCUGCCUGACAACGACUGCGACUGCGGCUACAACGGAAGGAGGAGGCUCCGAGGAGGCCGGAGCCGAGGGCAGCAGCCCCGUCAAGAAUGCUGGAGUAGGCAUUGGCGGUGUACUGGCCAGCAUCGCCAAUCCACACCAGAAGCUGGCCAAGCGGCGACAACUGCUGGAGGCGAAGCGGGAGAGGAAGGCGGCCCAGACACUGGCCAUCAUCACCGGCGCCUUCGUCAUCUGCUGGCUGCCCUUCUUCGUGAUGGCGCUGACAAUGAGCCUGUGCAAGGAGUGCGAGAUCCACACGGCGGUGGCCUCGCUUUUCCUCUGGCUGGGCUACUUCAACUCCACCCUCAAUCCGGUCAUCUACACCAUCUUCAAUCCCGAGUUCCGUCGGGCCUUCAAGAGGAUUCUCUUCGGCCGAAAGCAUGCGGCCCGAGCCCGUAGUGCAAAGAUUUGAUUUCAACUAAAGGAUAACGAGGACCAGUAUCUGUAACCAAGGUCACUGGCAGCACAAGCAGGCAAAAUGCUACGGAAUUGGCAUCGUAUUUUGUGUAACUAGCAAGUAAAGGCGACGUUUUUAGCAGUGACAAUCCUAACUAGCCUGUAACUAACUAACCAACUAAAAGAAAUACUCAACCACACACACGUGCCCCCCCUACAGAAUAAAAGACAGUACGUUCGGUUAGCUGAAAGCCGAAGAAAAAAUCAAAUAUUGUAACCGGAAGCGGAAACGGAAACUGAAACCGAAACCGAAACCAAUCGAGCGAAGUUUUUUAAACACUUCGAAGAGGAGGGAAACUAGCUGAUACUCAUUAGACUAAGUUAAGUUAUGUGUAUGUGUAGUUUAUAUCUAUAUUUAAUGGAAAACAUAAAUAUUUCUAAAGUCUUCCCUGUGUCUUAAAGAAAUCCAAGAGGUAGUAGUGCGAUUAGAAAACCCUAGAGUCCUAAGUAGGUGUGGAACAUUGGUGAUGGGGCAGAUCGAAGAGAUAUAAUAUAUAUAUAUAGGCUGGGUCCAAAGAACUUCUUACGCUUUCAUGCAUUCUGUGUUAGUUGAACAUGUGUUUUUUAGUUGUAGACUUAGGCAUGGCAGUUAUGCUCAAUUAUUUUGAUUGGAUGUUAAGUAAAUAUCAAAUUGUAACGAAUUUACACCCAGAAAUCUGUACAGUGUCCGCAAAAGUUAAGUAGAACGCCCCCGCAGUAGGUUAAGGUCCCAAAGUGUCACGACUAAUUAGGCACAACUCUUUCUGGCAAAAGUAGCAUUAGAUUCGGAACACUAAAAGUUCAACUUUUGUUGCCAACACAGACACUCGCAGACAAAAAAGUUAAAGCCAUGAUAUAUGAUAUGUAAAGUGUAUGCAGCUAUAUGCCACAGAUAUGCAUUCGUACCUAGCGAUAUAUAGUAUAUGUAUGUACAUAUGGUACUUAUAUUUAUGGUUCAAUUUUUGGAAAAGUUUUCUUGUAAAUAAAUGGACUUGCUGUUGAAACCGAAACCAAAACCGACAAAACUGCAAGAAGAGCAAGGAGAACAAGAGCAACUAUCUGGGCGAUAUGGCAAUUAAGUCCAUGCUGCAGUUGAAACCCAAUACGCUUCA